AUGUCCCACGAAGGUGUGUCGGCCUUUGGCAUGGCAUUCGAGAUGCUUCUUGCUGAACGUGAGCGGUCGGUAGAGGCUGCUGUCCGCCUUGAGUAUGCGCCACUGGUGGAAGCUCUCCGGGCAGAGCUGGCUACGGCCGAAGAGCGAUGCCGGGCAGCCGAGGCUCGUGCUCACCAGGCUGAGGCCACUGCUGCUGCUGCUAGGAAGCAGAUGGCUGCUAUGAUGCGUAUGGUCGGCGAGGUAGUUGGUCUUGCUGACGACUCGUUUGACGCUGCCAGCAGCUCUCCGGUCGUCGUCACCGUUCUCAUGAUCUACAUGUACGAGGAGAACGGGCAUGAGUACGAUGGCGAUGACUUUGGGCCCUCGCCUGAGCUGGGCUAUGAUCCCUCUCCCGAGCUAGACUAUGCCCUGGCCAUGGAGGCUCGACGCGAGCUGCGCAUGGCUGAUGCCCGGGCGUACGCCGGCUCGCCGCAGACCGACAUUCGGACUGUCGAGGCGCUUGACGAGGACAUGGACCCACAGCCGCGGUUUGUGGUCGACGGCAGCGACUUGUCGUCCAUCGAUACCGAUGACGCCCUCGGCUCGAUGGACGACUCGCUCGAUGUGCCUGCCGGCGGCGGCUUUGACUCGACCUCGGACGCUGGGACUGCCCGCCGCCGUGACGGCGGCUCGUCGUUUGAGGACGAGCCUGCCGAGCGCACUCCUGCAGUGUUGCGCGACGGCGAGACUCCCGAGCCGGCUGACAUCCGCGCCACCCCUCGGCUAGCAGCCCUCCGCAUGGACGAGUCCACCCGGGUCAAGCUCUCCACAUCGGAGCAGUGCCUCCUUGCCGAGGUCUCGUCCGAGUCGGACGUGGACCACCCGCUCUGGCAGCACACCGACGACGACGAUGAUGAUGAUGACAACGACGAGACUGCGCCCAUUGACAUCACCGUCGACUCGAGCUCGGGUGCCCUCUUCACUCUCCCCGCCUCUUCUUCGGAUCCGCAUCUCACUGCUGCCGCCGCCACGACCGCUUCUGUCGCCCCCGCCGCUCCCGCCGCUCCCGCCGCUCCCGCUGCUCCCGCCGAUCCCAUCGAGCCUGUCCCUCCCGCCACCUCUGACGAUCUCCUUUCCUCCCCCACCGCCACCUCUGCCACCGUCGUCGACUCGGUCGUCGCUGCCCUCAUCGAGUCUGCCUCCACGCCCAAGCCCAAGCCCAACGCCCCAACCGCCACCAUCUCUGACUCGUCCCGCGAUGAGUCCAACUAAACAUCUCUUCUCCUCA